AUGAUCACAAGUUAGAAAGUUUCUGCUCGCGUGUGUGCGCUCAGAGGAAGCUUGCGUACUAGUCUUUCGCCUAUACUUCAUGUUAGCGGCACCUUUUGUAUGAUGCCUCAAGGACAACCAAUGACUGACUAUUACAACGUAACGAUACGAAAAACAGAAAAACAAACCUCAGAAGACGAUAUGUUGGAGGAGGAAAAGAAAGAAGAUAGAACAACGACAGUUGAUUUAUCGACAGAUUCUUCAUUGGUCAUUGAUAUCUCUGAUGCACUCAGCGAACGGGAUAAAGUAAAAUUUACAGUUCAUACAAAGACAACUCUACCAGAAUUUAAAAGUAGUGAUUUCUCAGUUGUCCGUGGUCAUGAAGAAUUCAUUUGGCUUCAUGAUCGUUAUGAGGAAAAUGAAGAGUAUGGAGGGAUCAUUAUUCCACCAGCACCACCUCGACCGGACUUUGAUUCAUCUCGAGAGAAACUACAACGACUCGGAGAAGGUGAGGGGACUAUGACAAAAGAAGAAUUUUCCAAAAUGAAAGCAGAAUUAGAAGCAGAAUACUUGGCAACCUUCAAAAAGACUGUUGCCAUGCACGAAGUUUUCUUAUGUCGUCUUGCUGCUCAUCCAAAGCUCAGGAAAGAUGACAAAUUCAAAGUUUUCUUGGAAUAUAAGCAAGAGUUGAGUGUGAGAGGAAAAAACAAAAAGGAGAGACUUGGUGGUUUAUUGAAAGGAUUUGCUAAAGGUGUUGAUGAAGCUUUAGUAUCCAGUCAAAAGGAUGCAGAUGAAUUCUUUGAGCAAGAAAAGAAGUUUUUAGUUGAAUAUCACUCCAAGCUACGAGAGGCAACAAAAAAUGCGGACCGUAUGACCAGGUCUCAUAAACUUGUUGCGGAUUGUUAUAUCAAGAUAUCAACUUGUGUUACAGCUUUGGCUACGAGUGAACAAACAAAGUUUGAAAAGUUUUUCAAUAAAGUCAGCGAUACUUUCGAAAAAGUUCGUAAAAUAGAGGGACGUAUCGCCUCUGAUGAAGACCUCAAAUUAUCGGAUUUAUUACGUUAUUACAUGAGAGACACGGCCGCUGCCAAAGCUCUUCUCUACAGACGAGCAAAAUCUCUUUCGGAAUUCGAUAAUGCUAAGAAAGCUUUAGAAAAAGCCAGAUCAAAAAAUAAAGACGUUUCUAAUGCCGAGGCUGCCCAACAGAAAGCGAGCGACAAGUAUGAAUCGAUAUCUGAUGAAGCUAAAAAAGAAAUGGAAGAUUUCAAAAGUCGAAGGGUUCAACAGUAUCGAAAAAAUCUUGUGGAGUUGACGGAACUUGAGAUCAAACAUGCAAAGGCUCAGAUUCAGCUACUUAAAAACGCUUUGACCUCCUUGAAGGAAUUGUAAAUUAAUUCAAGUUAAAUAUAUUUUUUGUUUCGUAAUCGAGUGGCAUUCGAGAAUAAAUUAACCGAAACUGAAA